AAGAAGGUCAUGAUGACAUUUCACAUGAGAAAGUUGAAAGUAAUUGUGGACCUGAUGUUUGUAUUCAAGCUGAACUCAUACACAUAUACUGUAUAACGAUUGUUGAAAAUAGGUUGGUUAAAGGUGUAUUAUUUUGGUUAUAA